UUACGUUAUGGGGCCGUUCUUUGAUUGGGGGUAAGAAUGAAUCUGCUUCUACUGAAUAGUGAGAUUAUUUUGUGGCAUUCUCUUCGUUGGGCUUUAGGCAUCGAUUAUAACCAAAUCCAAUAAUUGUUAUUAUGAUAUACAUCUGCUGUAAACAGUUUUUCUACUCUCUGCAUUUAAGUUAAAAUCAUUGUUUACAUAAUUUGACAUUGAGUGUCCAGUCUCAGUAGUGCUCCGUGAUGUUAUCGGCCUCCAGUCCGCCCAUGUCUUGGGUGUCUCUGCUCCUAACUGCGUGGUCCUCCAGGGCUCCCUCCCUGCUGCUUGUUGUGAUGGUGAGCAGGGAUGUGGGGCUCAGGGUGGGUCUGGAGGGGGUGCAGACCUCCAUGUGCUCUCGCUGGGGCUCCAGAGUGGAAGAGUUCAACCAGGGUCAGGAUGGAGACGUCGUCAUCGGCGGGCUCUUUAACCUUCAUUACCAACCGCCGGUUAUAGACCAGGAGUUCAUUAAGCCUCCGUUAUACAAUCCAUGCACUGGAUUGGAGGUAGAGACACUGAAGUCUGUCUACGCCAUGGAGUUUGCAGUAGAAGAAAUCAACAGAAACCCCCUCAUUCUUCCUGGUGUGAAGCUCAACUACAGAAUCCUCGACAGCUGUGGAAGACAUCCCUGGGUGCUGCAUGGAGCAUUCUCACUGGUUGGGGGAGAGAUGGAGAGUUGUGACUCCACAGCCAUCCUGCCACAAUCAAAUGUAUCUGGAACAUCGUCAUCAAUGAAAGGGGGCCCAUCUAUACCGCUGAUCAUCGGUGGGGCUUCUUCUACCACAGCCAUAAUACUGUCUAGGUCACUGGCCUCUCUCUCUGUUCCAGUAAUUAGCUACCUUGCUAGCUGUCCCUGUCUUAGCGACAGACAUCGGUUUCCUAACUUCUUCAGGACCAUUCCCAGUGACGUCUACCAGGCUAAGACCAUGGCCCGACUUGCAAUACUCUUCAACUGGACUUGGAUUGGAGCAGUCAUUGCAAACAAUGACUAUGGUCGUCUGGCAAUUCAGGUGACCGAUAGGCAGUUCAUAGCCAGUGAGGCUUGGAGUACUAGCAGCGAUCUUUUACAAAAUGUUGCCAUUUUGAACGUGGCAAGUGGUGUGUUAGGUGUUGCUAUUCGAAGUGCAAGGAUACCAGGAUUUAAAAGUUUCCUCCAGGAAUUAAAACCCUCAAAUCGCCCUGGCGAUUUACAUCUGCGGGAAUUCUGGGAAAAGGAGUUUGAAUGUAGCCUUUCAACGACACCGUUGAAUCCUCAGUCCAUGUCUGAUGGUUUAACUACAAAUAACUUGACUGCUUCUCAUGCCACCAAAUCUCCACUGUCAGCUACUCUUUCACUGUGCACUGGGAGAGAGACACUUGAGGGCGUACAGAAUAUUUUUACUGACACUGCCCACUUAAGGGCCGAGUAUAAUACCUAUCUGGCUGUGUAUGCUGCAGCCCACGCUCUGCACAGCCUUCUCUCGUGCCCAGAUAAAGAGAGUUCUCCAAGAGACAACAGCUCCACCUGUAGCUCACCUUAUAACAUUACACAUAAAGAGUUGUUAGAGCACCUGAACAAAGUGAACUUCACUACUCCAAACGGGGAGGAAUUCUUCUUCCAAGGAGCCGACAUCCCAGCUGCUUAUGACCUGGUCAACUGGAAGACCUCCCCUGAUGGGUCACUGAAACUAGUUCUGAUUGGUCGAGUGGAUGGCCUGGAAUUACACCUGAACAAAACAUCUAUUCAGUGGACUAAAGGCUCCAGUCAGGUGCCUAUUUCUGUAUGCAGUGAGAGCUGCCCCCCAGGAACCCGAAGAGCCAAUAGGAAAGGAGAGCCUGUCUGCUGCUUUGACUGUAUCCCCUGUACUGAUGGAGAGGUCAGCAAUGAGACUGGUUCCCAUCAGUGCAGGCGAUGUCCUGUUGAGUUCUGGUCCAACACGGGGAACACGGCCUGUAUUCCACGCAAAGUGGACUUCCUGUCUUUUAAUGAGACGAUGGGAAUCAUCCUGACAACUGCAGCUGUGUCUGGGGUUGUGGUCACUACAGCUGUUUUUGUCAUCUUUUUGUGCUACCAUAACACUCCUGUGGUGCGUGCAAAUAACUCAGAGCUGAGCUUCCUGCUCCUCCUGUCACUCAAGCUCUGCUUCCUGUGUGCGCUGGUGUUCAUUGGUCGUCCCUCCGUGUGGUCCUGCCGCUUACAGCAGGCAGCUUUCGGGAUCAGCUUUGUCCUCUGCGUCUCCUGCCUUCAGGUGAAGACCAUAGUGGUCUUGGCCGCUUUCCGCUCAGCUCGGCCAGGAGCUGGAAGCCUGAUGAAGUGGUUUGGUCCGGGCCAGCAGAGAGGCAGCGUCUGUUUCUUCACCAGCAUACAGGUGAUCAUCUGUACCAUAUGGCUGUCCCUCAGCCCUCCGAUUCCUCAUCGUGACCUUGGUUUCCAGGGGUCAAAGGUUAACCUAGAGUGUGCCAUGAGUUCAGUGGUGGGCUUUGCCGUUGUCUUAGGCUACAUAGGCUUCCUAGCCUGCCUCUGUCUCCUACUUGCUUUCCUGGCUAGGAAACUCCCUGAUAACUUCAAUGAGGCCAAGUUCAUCACCUUCAGCAUGCUGAUCUUCUGUGCUGUCUGGGUGGCCUUUGUCCCAGCCUACAUCAGCUCUCCAGGGAAGUACUCUGUUGCUGUGGAGAUCUUUGCCAUCCUGGCUUCUAGUUUUGGCCUGCUGCUGUGCAUCUUUGCUCCAAAGUGCUUCAUCAUCCUCCUGAGGCCUGAGAGGAACACCAAGAAACAGCUGAUGGGCAGAUAGGAAAAUGUGCACAUACAAAAGGGUAGGCAGCAAAUGAUUCUUAAUUUCAUGGAUUUCAAGGGACACAAAAAGUAGCAAAAUGUUGAAUAAUUAGCAAAUAUCUAUAUUCAUUUUUGGGAAGCAUUAUUUAAUACCUUGUCAAAUGUAUUCUAUCUUUAUUGUUUUAAUAAUAAUGUUUUGAUUACUUACGUCCUAUUAUCACUAUUAUUAGUUUCUUAAGAUGUAUGACUGUUUCUUAAGAGGGAUCCUCCCAACCAAAGUGGCACAACUACAUGUAACAUUUAUUAAGAUAUCUUUAGCAGUCAACAAAAAUCUACAUUUGUUCAAAAAUGUUAUUUCAUUCAAAUGUCAUGAUCUAACCAGGACAUUUUCUAUUGACACGUCAAAUGUGAUGAUAACAUAAUAAAAAUGUAAGCAUCAAGAAAAGUAACUUUAAGCUUUUUGUAUCGACUUGCUUCACCCCAAUAGUUUAUGUUGCUGUUCUUUCAACUCUACUAUUAAAGGAUGCUAUGUUAUAGAAAUUGUUCUCCCAAGUUAUU